AUGCCUCCAAAGCGCAAGCAAACUGACGAUACCUCUGCCGAGGCGACAAGUUCGACGCGUUCGACGAGGGCGUCUGCGAGAUCAGGCGCUAAAAAUAGUGGAGAGGGUGUGGGCUCCAACAAGGCGACUGGGAAGGGAUCGGCGAAGGCGACUGCUAGCACUGAAGAUGACGCGAUGGACGUGGGCGCUGCCCCUGCCGCGAAGAAAGCUAGGACCACCGCCACGGCGACCAAGAAGAAAGUAGGAGGCGCAAAGGGAAAGAAGGCAAAAGGCGACGACGCACCGGUAGAAUCAGGUAAACUCGCUUCUAACCAUGAACUACCUGUUAUUAAAGUAACUGACUCCAACUCCGCCAUUACCGCGCCUGCUACCAUCACCACCACCGAAACACUUCCAUCUGCCAUCCCAGCAGCGCCAGCACCCAAGCCCCCCCAGCCAGCGAAGAAGUCAGGGAAAGCCGAGCCAUACACAGCGCAACGUGCGUUGGACCUGUUCAGCGCCUACGCCGACGUCGACGACACGGGCGUUAUUGGCCCCGAAGGCUUUGAGCGGUUAUGCACGGACGCGGACAUGCCGCUCGAUGGCUCGCGCCCGAUUAUCUUCGCGUGGCAAAUGGGUGCGAAGGAGAUGGCCAAGAUAUCCAAGGAGGAGUGGGUACGCGGAACGACGUCUCUUAGGGUGUCGUCCGUUCACGCCAUCUCGGUGGUCGUGUCCGAGCUGGAGGACCUGCUCGUGAAGGGCAAGCCACCUGUGAAGCCGCCAACGAAGAAGGACGAAGAGUAUAACCGGUCGGUGUACAUGAGCUAUGCGGCGGACCCCAAGGCGGCGUUCCGGAAGCUGUACCAGUUCUCCUUUGCUCUUGUGAAGCCUGAGCAGUCGAAGAACAUUGACAUGGACACCUCCGUCGCGUUCUGGACGGUGCUGCUCGUCCCAAAGUUCCCGCUUAUGGGCGAGGUUCUUGAGUUCAUAAGUGAGAAGCCUGGAACGUAUAAAGCCACGAACAAGGAUCUAUGGAGCAUGAUGCUCGAGUUCUGUGAAACGGUAAAACCUGAUCUAUCGAACUACGAAGCUGACGGGGCAUGGCCUACCCUCCUUGACGACUUCGUCGCCUCGAAGGGCGUCCAAGCUGACACAGGGAAUGGAAGGGCGGACGGAGACGAUUGA